AGAAUAUUUUCAAGCGCACAAGGCUCCCACAGCACUAGUCAGCCCCCUCCCCCCAGCACGCCGGGACCCACACCCCACUGAGAGUUGUCCGUCUGCUGUAUAACACAACGACACAGGGAACAGUUUACUCGAUGUUGCUCCUCUAACAAGGUGAUAUACGUCUCCUUCACCUCGUUACCUGACGAAGGAAGUGAUGUGUGUUGUGGCUGUUGGUGUUUUUUGGCGAAUUACCUAAACGAUCUUAAGUGUGAGAGGUCAUUCACCGAGUUAACUCAAUCUCGAUACUUUUCUCGCCCUCACCUGACGAAGGUGAGGUGGUGGGUGUGAUCCUCCUUCGUCAGUAGUGACUUGAGGUGUCUGGACAAGUGGUGAACAUUGGUGGUGUCAGAGAAGUACUACAGGGACGCCCUUACCAUGGACCCCGGCAAGAUCUUCCAAAUUAUUACCAACAGUACGCUGCUGGCGACGCGGCUACUGUCAGGGUCGGGGUCUGGGCCUCUGGAGUUCUCUGAGCCACGCUACUGCGCCGUCCUCUCUGAAGAUGCCCAGCUGGCGGCCACCGUCCUGGCUGUCACUGCCACACAUAAACAAGGUACAUCAGUAAGGUACACUAUCACGGGAGGCAACAAGGACGGGCUCUUCACCAUUGACCAACACUCGGGAGUCAUCACCCUGGCGGCCGCCCUCGACUAUGAAGCUCACCAUAAGCACGAGCUAGUGGUGGCGGCAGAGGUGGAGGGUCAGGCAGCACAUGCUAUGGUACAAGUGACAGUUCUUGACGUCAAUGACAAUGCCCCCUACUUCCUCAACCCUAAGCCUCAAGUAACUGUCGUGGAGGAAGACGACCGCCAUCUACCAGCUACCAUCGCCACGGUGGAGGCGACGGACCCAGACUGGCUGGACCACCACGGGCUGCUGUACACGGUGAGGGGGGAUGGUGUUGACGGCUUCCACCCCACCGACGCUUUCUUCUCUGUCAACUCUCUUACCGGGGAACUCAUCCAGCUCAGGGCACUGGACCGUGACCCGCCUAGAGGAAAGGAGGUGUGGAAGGUAAGGGUACAGGUGAGGGACGGACAAGCACUAUGGAGUCGCCAGGCUAUGGAUCGCCUCCUAGCCUCCAACUCCAAGAAGAAGAACAAGGACCACAACGAUAAAGUAAACAGAAGACGAAGAAAUACCAAUGAUAAAUCCAACAAGAGAAGAAUAAAAAGGGGAAAUAUAUCACAGGAACCAUUAAUCACCCAAGGACAUGAUAAGGGAGAUAUUGCUGCUGGAGUUGAGAAGUUUAUUGAAGAAAUACCUGACAUGAGGGAAGGCAGCCAUCUUCCUGAACACAGAGAGAAGUAUACCAGGAUUGAUGGUGAUGAAUUAAGCAGAAACUCGAACGUAAAUGAUGAUAUUAAUCUUGAAAAUGGAGGGAAAUAUCCUAGAAGAUAUUCAUUACAUACCGUUCUGGAUUCACGGAAGAAUUACGAACCUCGAGAGAGAAAAACAACAAUGUGUGGACGUCAGCAAGAAGUAGUACCUGAGAACUUUAAAGGUGAGAGAAUGAGAAUGAAUCAUGACUCAGGAGGAAGUAAGAUUCAUGAUGAUUCACAGACCAGGUAUAGAGGAGACAGUGGAGCAGCGGUAACGUCACAUUAUGGUGAUGGUGAUGGUGACGGUGAUGGUGACUUAAUGCCCAGCAGCAAGACUACCCACGAUGACCUGGACCUGAGGACCACACCAGAGCCCAGCCUCAAGCUAAAGACAAACGAACAGUCCCCCAGGUCUUUGUUUCUCCAUCUAGAGUCUAAUAGUAGUAACCACGCUCACAAAAGUCGUAGUUAUGAUGACAAAUUGCUGUCAUCAGACUCGCGUUCAACAACAGAGAAAACAAUUCCUUUGGUUUCUAAAAACGGCAUCAAGGCCACACACAUCGCUGAAUCAUUGGCAGAUAAAAGCGACAGUGUAAAUAACAUCCAAACAUCUGCAUAUCCACCUAAUGGCACGGAACCAACCAUAAACCCUGGCAGCGGCAGUAAAACCACACAUCCAGAAAAUUUAUCUCGUAAUUCUGGACGUUCCCGUGACUCCGGGAUCAGAUGGAAGACCUUACCAGAAUCUAUAGGUCCUCAACCCUCCCUGGUCACCCCAAGAGGCAGGAGAGCAGCGGGGGAGGAGGACCACUACCAUCUGGGCAGCUUCAGUACUGACAGCGGCUGUGAUGAGGGUCAGGACUCAGCGAGCGGCAACAAGACUCAGGCAGCGGGGCGUCGCCUGGGUGGUGGCAGCUUAAACGGUCUGGGAGGGUCGCGAGUACACGUGGCGGAGACGGUGGUCACGGUGCUGGUGAAGGACAUCAACGAUAACCCUCCCGUCUUCCCCAACGCCACCAUGUACGGGGAGGUGCAGGAGAACGGCCCUAUAGAUCUGUCGGUAGUGGUGAUAGCCGCCUGGGACGCCGAUGACGUCUCAGAGGGCACCAACGCCAGGAUAACUUACACCAUCCAGAAGAACGUGGUGUACGAGCCGACGGGGGAGGCCAUCUUCUCCGUCCAACCCGAGACCGGCCUCGUCCGUACCUCCAUCUGUUGCCUGGACCGAGAGACAACACCUGAAUACGAGGUCCAGGUAGUGGCCACAGAUGGUGGAGGUCUUCAAGGCACGGGCGUGGUGGUGGUGAGGCUGGUGGAUGUGAACGACAACUCGCCCCGCCUGGAACAAUCACAGUGGGACGUGGAGAUAGACGAGACCUGGGGCCCUGGACCUCCUGAUGACUCCACCCUCCUUCAGAUCACCGCCCUCGACGCCGACACCUCCAACUACUUCUUCUACAGAGUGGUGGAGGCCAGCGGGUGGGGCUGGGAGCACUUCGGCAUCAGGUCUGUGGGAGCCGAGGGUCAACUGUUCGCCCUCCAGACACUUGACUACGAGGACGACACCCACCGGCGAGGCUUCAAGUUUAUGGUGCAAGUGACGGACAGGGGUCGCGGGGGAUGGAGGGACGCUCGCCACAUGGACGCCGCCUGGGUGUCCAUCCGCCUGAGGGACGUCAACGACAACCCACCCAAAUUCCACCGCCCACACGCCCACGUUACUGUGAAGGAGGACGCCGCCCCUGGUACCCUCCUGGCUGCCCUACCCGCCCAUGAUCCUGAUAUGGGCGGGGUGGGGGAGGUGCUGUACCGGGUGGAGGGCGGCUGGGGCGCCCUCACUGUCGACUCUGAGGGAGGAGUCAGCCUGCGUCGAGCGCUGGACCGUGAGGCUCCUGACGGCGCCAUAGGUGUGGCUAAGGUCGUGGGCGUGGACCGUGGGCGGCCGCCCCUCUCUGCCACCGCCACCCUCACCAUCACCGUUACCGACGUCAACGACAGUCCGCCCGUCCUCCUGCCGCCCACAGUGUUCCACGUGACGGAGGACGCCGCCCCCACACUGCUCGGCUCCCUCACCGCCACCGACCACGACGUGUGGGCGCUGGGCCACGGUCCGCCCUUCAACCUCUCCCUGGCGCCCACCAACCCCGCCCACGUCCUCGCCCACAUCAACCUCAAGUUUGAUCCUCACCUGGACAGUGGACGGGGAGGGGCGGAGGUGUGGACAGUAGGCGCCGUGGACAGGGAGGAACACCGUCAGCUGCUGGUGGGGGUGUUGGUGGCUGACGCUGGGGGGAUGGCCGCCACCCACACCGUCACCAUCAUCGUCGACGACAUCAACGACAACCCCAUGAAGCCCGCGGCCAAGACCGUCUACCUCUGGAAGACUCAGGGCGGGGGGUCGGAGGCGCCCCUGGGUCGGGUGUACGUGGAGGACCCGGACGACUGGGACCUGGCUGACAAGACCUUCCGCUGGCAAGGUUCUCCUCACCCGCUCUUCUCCCUCAACACUCGUACUGGUGACAUCUUCGCCUCCAGCCAAGUCAGAGCCGGCAGGUAUGAGCUUCAGUUCACGGUGAGCGACCAUCUGUGGGGGCAGCGAGACGUAGCAGCCAAUGUGACGGUAACGGUGAAGGUGCUGACUCCUGACGCCCUAGCCCACGCCUCCCCCGUCACUCUCACGCCCACUACGCCCGCCCACCUCACCCGGGGAUGGACGCCAGAGCACGGCGGGGGCGGCCUGGGACGGGUGAUACAGGGCGUGUUGAGGGUGGUGGGAGAGACCGCCCAUACAGUAGAAGUGGUCAGUGUCUACACCCACCCAGAUCCCGCCCACCUAGACCACCCUCGUCCACAACAUCCCCCAUAUAUCCCCGCCUCGACGACACCCACCAGACAACACCCACAAGUUCCCCGUGAUACUCCUGAAGGUUGGUUAAGUGACCCCCAGCACGCCCCUUCAGCCUGUGUGUGGGUCAGCGUGAGGGAGACGCCAGCAGGUUUUAUGGACCCCGUCAAGCUACAAGGUCUUCUGGCACUACACGCACAGCAGCUGGAGGAAGCCACCAACCUGACGGUGGUGGUGGAGGCCCCGACGAGUGGGUCUAAUGGAGGGGUACGAGGCCCUCCACAUCCCUCCCUCCACCACGGCGGCCCUCCUGACCCCUCCUCCGCCGCCUCCCGUGCCUCCACCACCCUCCCUCUCCAGGUAGUGGACACCAACACGACUUCCCUGGUCACGCCCCUCCUCACCCGGGCUAGCGACUGUCACGCCCACGAACCUGAGACGUGUACGCCCAUCUCCUGCCUCAACGGUGGGCGCUGCCUCCCUUCAUCCAGCGGCAACAGGUGAUGUAUCCCAAGUACUCAAGUGUUAGGUUAGGUUAAGUCAGGUCAGGUUAGGUUAGGUUAGGUUACAGGAGAGUUACGGGAGAUAAAGUUAUGAACCCGGGAACUAACGAGGGAAUUUUACCUGUGGCUUCUCCUCGUUAACCUUUCACUGUUGUUACUGUAUACGCCACCACCACCUGAUACUGUGAGACAGACCGAGAAACACACACAGAGACAGAAAAAGAGACAGAUACAGA